UCCGGAGCGCAGGGGUGGGUGAUUUGCGAGCGUGGUCGUGGGGCCAAGAGGGCCGGCGCGGAGAUGCUGCCGCCGCUAAGCCGCGACUCCUGGCUUGCGGUAGUGGCGCGGGCCAGCCGUGCAGUGCUCUUUGCAGGGCCACGCGGGGCCUCGGGCGGCCCGGGUUGCGCUCGGGGCCCUCCCUCCGGAGCCGACGAGCUGCAGGGCGAGCUGGACAGAUUCGGGGGCGUUUCCGUGCGGCUGGACGCGCUGGACCGCCUGGACCCGGUCGCCUUCCAGAGGGCUUUGCAGGCGGCAGUACAGAAAUGGAGAUCAGAAGGUAGAGUAGCAGUAUGGCUGCACAUUCCCAUCCUCCAGAGUCGGUUUAUUGCCCCUGCCGCUUCCCUGGGCUUCUGCUUUCACCACGCGGAAUCCGAUUCAUCCACGCUGACUCUGUGGCUGGGAGAGGGGCCCAGCAGAUUACCAGGAUAUGCUACACAUCAAGUGGGAGUUGCAGGAGCUGUAUUUGAUGAAAAUACUAGAAAAAUAUUGGUUGUACAGGAUAAAAAUAAAUUGAAAAAUAUGUGGAAGUUUCCAGGAGGCCUCUCAGAGCCUGGAGAAGAUAUUGGAGAUACAGCAGUUCGAGAAGUUUUUGAAGAGACUGGUAUAAAAUCAGAAUUCAGGUCCCUCCUGAGUAUUCGGCAACAGCACACCCAUCCUGGAGCUUUUGGGAAGUCAGAUAUGUAUAUUAUCUGCCGCUUAAAGCCAUAUUCAUUCAACAUAAAUUUUUGCCAGCGUGAAUGCUUAAGGUGUGAGUGGAUGGAUCUCAGUGACCUAGUCAAGACUGAAAAUACGACCCCCAUCACCAGCAGAGUUGCUAGGCUGCUGCUGUAUGGGUACAGAGAAGGGUUUGACAAGAUUGAUCUGACCAUGGAAGAACUUCCAGCAGUUUACACAGGCUUGUUCUAUAAACUCUAUCACAAGGAGCUGCCAGACAGUUAUAAAACGAUGACAGGAAUGGAUUAAAUUUAUAUUUACACGGUUUUAAGAUGUUUUAAGUAAAUUGUACAUGUAGAUUAGUGUGUCAUAUUAUAAGAAGUAGUGGACAUUUGGGUUAAUGAAAUAUGAGUUUAAUUUUCUAAUGUCUGUGAUUUCCAUGAAGAAAACUUGUUUGUAAGUAUGCACAUUUUUUAAAAGCCUCUUUUCAAAUGAAGCAAAUGUAUAAAAAAGAUUGUAGCUCUAAGUAAGCUUCGCUGGAUAAAGGCAAAUGCUAUAUAAAAGUGGAAGUCUAUACAUUUUCCAGGAAUUUUUGUUGUUGUUGUUGUUUUACUAAGGCAAUGGUUAAAUAUUUUACUAUUAGAUAAAAGGUUAUCUGACCAGUUACCCAAACUGAGCAGAUAGCUGUACACAUUUUUCUUUUUCUUUCGUCAACAAGCUUCUAAAAUAUACCUCUUCUUUCAUAUGAAAUGAGAUCAGAUGCUGCCAUUAAGAUCAGCUCUUAGCAGACAUUGGAAGAAAAAGUAUAGCUUUCUGCCCAGGUCCUGUUUUGGGUCCAAGUUUAUACUGCCCAGUUCGUUUCAGUGCCACAUACCAACUGGAGUAUUUCCUUGACCGGUAUAAAAUCAGAAGUAGAAGAGUAAAGAUGAAAGGAAAAGUCAUGUAAUCAUAAAGAUAACGUGAAAGGUUACUUGUACCUUUUUACACAGAGGGGAGAGAAAGAAACUGCAUCUGUGCUGAGCAUUCAGACAUGCCCUGGGAUACAUCAGUGAACAAAACUGAACAAAGAUCUGUGCCGAUUUGUGCUGCUCACAUUCUCACUGGGGGAGACACAACAUAAGCAGAAAACAUCAGGCAAACCCAAAUUGCAGCACCUUCUAUCAAAUAUUUGACCAGUACUCCUCAAACUGUCAAAGAUUCAAAAAAAGGGAAGUCUAAGGAAAUGCCACAUCGAGAGGAAACUAAGACCUGAUGACUAAAUGUGGUAUCCUGAAUGAGAUCCUGGAACGGAAAAAGGACAUGAGGAAUCAUCCAAUUUAAUGCUGAAGACCAAGCACUGAAAACUCUGUAAUGCAGAUAACCGACAAAGGAGUGUACUAAGAAAAGAAACUCACUUGCUGAAAAUGAAAAACUUUAAAUCUCCAUAUUUAUGUGGAAUACCAGAUGUAAUAAUCAGGUAACAAAGAUCAGCAACCUAAAUUUAUUUAUUCCUUCUUUCCUUUUUUGUGUGGAGAAAACACAAAUUUGAUAAACAAGCUUCACACUGA